AUGGCACCUGGUGGUGCUGGCCAUGUAGAAGAUACUUCCCAUCUCAUCGUUCCCAAAGAGUUUGAAACAGCAGAGACUCUUCUCAAUUCAGAAGUUCAGAUGCUUUUGGAGCAUUGGAAGCAGCAGAUGGAGAGUGCUUAGGUUGAACAAGAAAAUCCUGAGGUCUUAAAAACUUUCACCUAUACAGGCCAUUUCAGUCAUUUCAAAAAUAGAGAGAACAUUGCCAGUAUUCGUAGCUUAUUGCUACAGAAAAGGCUUCAUAAUUUUGAGUUGGCAUGUUUAGCCAACAUUUGCCCAGAAACAGCUGAGGAGGCCAAGGCUCUAAUCCCAAGCCUUGAGGGGCGGUUUGAAGAGGAGAAGCUACAGCAGAUUCUUGAUGCCAUCCGGACUAGACACAGCUUCCAGUAUUAA